AUGCUAGUGAAAGCUUAUAACCUAAUGGCUCAUGCCUUCCUUCUCUUCCUCUUAUUCUCUUACAUUAUAUCUACACAUAUUCAUGCCUGCAAACAAACUGAACGCAGCUCCCUCCUCUCCUUCGCCUCCAGUUUAUCUUCUUCUCUUUUAAAUUGGACAUCCAUUGAUUGCUGUCGUUGGAAGGGCAUCACUUGUGAUCAAGAUGGUUGGGUCACCCAUUUGCUCUUGCCUUCCAAAGGACUCAAAGGAGGUAUCUCUCCCUUUUUACUUGCAAAUCUCACCCACUUGAACCUUUCCCACAAUUCACUAUAUGGGUCACUUGAGACUCAGUUCUUCUUGUCUUUGAAUCAACUUGAGAUCCUAGAUUUGAGCUAUAACCGUCUUUCUGGAGAGCUACCACUUUCUUUACCAUCUAGCAGUAUCCGGACAAUUGAUUUGUCCAGCAAUCACUUCUUUGGUGCAAUUCCAUCUUCAUUCUUCCAACAAGCAAGCAACUUGACUAGUUUCAAUGUCAACAACAAUACCUUCACAGGGUAUGUCCCAUCCUCUAUUUGUCUCCAUUGUUCUCCCUCCCUUAGGAUAUUGGAUUUUUCUUCCAAUCUAUUUAAUGGCAACCUUGCUCCUGGGUUAGGGAAGUGUUCUGAAUUGCAGGUUUUUCGUGCCAGUCACAAUAACCUCUCAGGAUUACUUCCAGAAGAUAUCUAUAAUGCUACUAAACUUGAAGAAAUUGCAUUGCCUUUCAAUUCACUACAUGGAGUCCUUAGUGAUAAAAUUGUCAGCCUCACCAACCUUGCCAUCCUUGACCUCUCCUUUAAUCAUUUUGGGGGCGAGCUUCCUCUCAAUUUGGGGAAGCUCUCCAAGUUGAAGUUUGUGACCUUUGAUUUCAACAAUUUAGAAGGUGCUUUGCCCCCAUCUUUGAUGAAUUGCACAAACCUUGUAGAACUACGUCUUCAAUCCAACCACUUGGAAGGAGAUAUCUCCAUGCUUGAUUUCUCAAGACUGAGUCAACUUACUAAAUUGGACCUAAGGAUGAAUAACUUCACUGGUACAGUUCCAGUAAACCUUUACUCUUGUAGGUACCUAAAAGCCAUUGGAUUGGCUGGAAAUCAUCUAGAGGGACAAAUAGAAGCUAAGAUUCUUUCAUUGAAAUCCUUGUCCUUCCUCUCUCUUAGUGGCAACCGAUUCACCAACCUCACAGGGGCAAUGAAAAUAUUGAUGAGUUGCAGAAGUCUUCACGCACUCAUGCUUAGUGGUUCCUUUGUGGGUGAGGGAAUGCCAUCUGAUGAUGACAUGGUUGAUUUUCAUGGAUUCCAAAAUCUUCGGCUCUUGGGUUUGGCUCAUUCUAACCUCACUGGUCGAAUACCUUUAUGGUUAUCAAAGCUCAAGAAUCUAGAGAUUUUGUUUCUGGGUUUUAAUCAAAUCACAGGGCCAAUUCCAAGUUGGUUGGGGACUCUUCCUAGGCUGAUUUUUAUAGGCUUGGGUUGCAACCAAUUUCAGGUGAAUUUCCAAAGCAACUUUGUCGACUACCAAGGUUGCUUUAUGAACGUAAUAUUGCAUCUCAAGCAGAUCGAUAUGAAUUUGAAUUGCCUGUUAUCACCCAGUACAACAGCAGGGGUUUUGGACCUCUCCACGAAUCACUUGUCUGGAAUAAUCCCAUCGUCAUUGGCGAGCCUUAAUUUCUUAAGAGAUUUUAAUGUCUCAUACAAUAACCUCGAAGGACCAAUACCAACAGGCACCCAGCUCCAAAGCUUCAACACUUCUGCUUUUGAGGGGAAUCCAAAACUUUGUGGUGCCCCACUUUCAAAUAAGUGCAGACCAAAUAAGGACAUGGAUGCAGAUAACAAGAACAACAAAGACGAGGGCAAUGGGCAUCAUCAACUUCCAUGGUUUUACAUUUUCAUUGCGUUGGGGUUCAUAGUAGGAUUUUGGGGAGUCUGUGGUUCUUUAGUUAUUAAAAAGACAUGGAGAUAUGCGUAUUUUCAAUUCAUAGACUAUCUACAAGAUAGGCUCUAUGUGAUGAUAACAGUCCCCCUCAACAGGAUGAAAAGAAGGCUUAGAGGCUAG